AUGGCUGUUGAUCCAUCUUCAAGUUUAAGACUUUGUCGUUUACAUGUAUGGCCAAAUUAUCCGGGUCUAGGUUUUACUCUCGAACAAGCACCCAAAGGAGCACCACAUAUUAUUCGUUUAGUUGAAUCCAACAGUCCCGCAGCAGCGGGUGGUCUUCGAAUACAAGAUGUUGUAUUACAAGUAAAUGGUGAAGAUGUUGAGGGUAUUGAGUAUGAACAUGUUAAAAGAAAUAUUCAAGAAGCACGAGACCGAAAAGGUUUGAUUGAACUUUUGGUAUGCGACUUGACUAAUUAUCAAAAGUUGAAAAAAAAUGGAAUAAAAUUUAAUACGAGAUCAGCGAUUAUUAUGGAAACUCCUGCAACAAUCCCGGCUGAAUACAUGAAUAUGCAACAGAGGACACCACGUACAUGCCAAAUUAAUUUGAGACCGGGUGACGAUAGUUUUGGAUUCGAAGUUGCUAAUGGAGAACAUGAUACCGGAGCUUACAUCCAAGAUGUGACACCAAAUAGUCCGGCAGCCUUAGCUGGUUUAAGAAAAAGUGAUCGUAUUAUUGAAAUUGAUGGUAAAAAAGUCAAUAGUGAUCUUUCAGCAUCGAUCUUGGAUAAAUUACGUAAAGCGAAAGCGAAAAGAACUGUUAGGCUAUUUGUUGCCGAUACUGAUACGUAUCAAUAUUAUCGCGAUAAUAAAAUGACGCUUAGUUCGCGUGCUAAAACUCGUUCAGCGACAACUCCAUCGUUAUCCGGAAGAAGUACAGCCAGUAGUAAGGAUCCAUAUUUGAAUGGGCAAUCGCCAAUAACAAAUUAUCCUCCUUCCAACACGUCGACGAUACGUGACGGCGGAAAUAGAAAUCAAUCAAUGAGUUUAAGUGUACCUAAUUUAUCCAUACCAAUAAAUGCAUCUAUACAACAGCAAUUAAGACCAGAUCAGGAAGAUAUUCGAUUGUGUACAAUAAAUCGUUCCAAUGCAAAUGAGACAUUUGGAAUUGAAUUGAAUUAUCAUAGACAAGAUCGAUUUCAUUCAUUAACACUAAUUGAUGAACAAUCAUUAGCUAAACAUGCCGGUAUUAGAGAUCAUGAUCGACUUAUCGAAGUUAACGGUGAGAAUAUAGAACGACUCGAUCAUGAUUACGUAACAAACAAAAUUAGACAAAUACGUCAACCGAAUCCCAUAAACCAACGUUUACAAUCAUUAGAAUUACUUGUUUGUGAUGAACCAACAUAUAAUUAUUAUAAACAAAAUAAUAAAACAAUAUAUAGUGGCUUAUCUACCGUACGAAGACUACCACCUAACAUGCCACAAACUUACACAUCCAUGAGAUCAGAUCAUUCACAAGCAACAAUCAUACCUAGUUAUGAUAGUAAUCGUCAGAAUUCAAGGCAGCCAACACCAGCACAACAAGAGCAACUACCAUUAGUAAAUGGAUAUAGUUAUAACGCGCCUACAACGAAUCAAUCCAUAUUAAAUCGCGACGGACAAUCGAUGCAGGGAACAUUUGCUGACGACCGUUCUAUUCCGCCAUUCAACAGUAUUGUUAAUGAUCACAUUCCUAUCCCAACAUAUCUACCACCGCAGCGUCCAUCGUUGCAAACACGCAAUGUUGGAGUACGUAAAGAUGAUGGUCUACGUAACGGAUUUGGAUUCACGUUUCGAACAAGUCCAACUGAAUCACCACAAGCACCCUAUAGUCAUAUCAUCACCGGUAUUGAUAGCAAUGCGCCUGUGUCAUCAAUGGGUCUGAAAAUAAAUGAUUAUAUACUGUCAAUUAAUGAUGAAGAUGUUGAACAUUUAACACAUGAACAAUUAGAGGAUAAACUAAGACGAAUAACAAAUACUGAAAAUGUACGUUUGUUAGUAGCAGAUGAAAAUGUCUACAGAGUUUAUAGACAACAAAAUUCGCUUAAUAAUAAUAGUUCAUUUACGCAAAAUCCGUUGGAAGUCCAGCACAAUAAUGUGAGAACAUAUCAACUACAACGAACUCCAAACUUUGAAGGAUAUGGUUUUCGUGUGACAUAUCGACCAAAUGCUUUGGAUGGUGGAACACCACAUCAAAUUAAUCAAGUCGAAAGAAACUCACCAGCGGACAGACAAGGUUUACGUAAAGGGGAUUAUAUAUUACGUGUUAAUAACCAAGACGUGGAACAUUUAAAUCAACAAGAAUUUAUGGACCUAAUGAAAAGUGUGACAGGUAACAAUAAUCGGAUUUAUAAUCCCGAUUUACUCACGUUAGACGUGAUGGAUGAAGAAACAUAUCGCUUCAUUCGACGUACACCACAACAAAUUGUAGGACGUACACCACCAAUCUCUACUUAUAAUUUACCAGCAACUUCAUCAUCGAUGCUAAGUGAUAGAACACCAACUCGUGUACCACUAUUAAAUAAUAACAGUGACUAUGUCACUACAUCCAGUCCUUAUAUGAAUGAUGAUAUACCACAAGAACAAUAUCCAAAAUUACGUCAAUGCCACAUUCGUCCAUGGCCACAUUAUCAGCAAUUAGGUUUUAGUUUAACACAAUCGGAUGGUGGCUAUACGAUUCAUCAAUUAAGAUUAGAUUCACCGGCUGCCCACACUGGUAUAAGAAACAAUGAUCAUUUGAUUGAAGUGAACAAUGUUAAUAUAGAAAAUACGUCAUACAGUCAUGUGUUAAAUUUAAUUGAUACGUCGUAUAAUAGAGAUGGUGAAUUGAACUUAUUGGUUAUUGACGAUGAAGGUUAUCAAUGGUAUAAACAAAAUCGAUUGAAAUUUGAUCCAAAAUCUCCCUAUUCCAACAUAGAAAGAAAAAUAACACCAGAAACACAAACUGUGUUUACAUCCGCAAACACACUUCCACAACGCUUUAUUACCCAGGAACAGUUGCCAAGUCAAAGUGAAAUACAUAUACCACCUACAACAUACAUAGCGCAUAAUAGUAGACCAUCAUCAGCAGGUCCUAAAAUGUAUACACCAUCAGCAGAUGGUGGAAUGUACAGUACUCAUAUGAUUCCACAACGAAUAUUUCCUGAUUAUCAACAACGUCAACCACCACCAAGUAUCUCUUCUACACUCAGCAAUGCUGGACGUUUGAGCCGUGCUGCCGUCGAUGUUGUUGAUAGCAAAUCAAUGUUACGUUUUUGUCGUUUAAAUACUGAACCCGGAACACCUUUUGGAUUUGAAUUACAACAAAAUGAAAAUAGACAACAUGUUAUAAGAAAUGUGAAACGAGAUUCACCAGCAGCUAGAGCUGGACUGCAUAAUGAAGAUCGUGUAAUCGAAGUUAACGACGAGUCUGUUGUAAACAAAUCACAUAAAGAUGUAUCAUCAAUGAUUAAAACCUCCAGUAUCAAUGGUCUAUUACGUUUAUUGAUUCAACCUAGUAACAUUAAACCAUUGUCUGUAAAAACAGUCAAAUCUAAAACAAAAUCAUUACCGUCAUUAACUGAUCAAACUAUUUAUAAUAGUUAUGAUUCAGAAUAUGGUGUUGGUCAACAUACCCCGUAUGCAAAUAGUUCUUAUGCAACCCACUAUGACCCAACUAUGUCCCACAAUCAAUAUGGAAGAACACAGGUGCCAACAAUGGUUAAAUAUUUGUCCACAUCGCGUGUAGAUAAUCUGGGUCUGACUGAUCCAACACAAAAUUAUCGCCCGUAUAGUGCAAAUGAUUUUCUACCAACAUCUGUCUAUACACAUCCACCAUCUGUUAUCAAUCCGUACGUAUCACAACAAUAUGCACCAUCAAAUCCGUUGCCCCGAAAAUGUUUGCUUAUACGCGAUCCCAGAUUUCCAGGAUGUGGAUUUAAACUAUUAGAACGUGAAAAUUACGAUACACCAAUUGUUGUUGAAGUAAAACAAAAUAGUCCAGCAAAACGUUCAGGAUUAGCUGAAGGCGAUCAUAUUAUUUAUAUUGAUACAAGAAAUGUUCAAGCAAUGACAUCAUUUGAUGAAAUGACACAAUUAAUACAUCGUACAUUUGAAGAACAAGGACAAAUAACACUGGUAACAUUAACAUCGCUUGCUUAUCAUACAUUGAAGAAAAAAGGUGGUUAUUUACAACCUGAACCAUUUGAUUAUCAAAAUCCUAUUUCAGAAUUAAUAACAAUAUUUCCACCACGUCUAUGUAAAAUUCAGUUGUUAGGUCAUGAACAAGAUUUUGGUUUUACACUUCAAAAGAUAAAUCCAAUUAAUAUUAAAGACGUUACACCAGGAUCAGCAUCAUAUGAAUAUGGUCUGCGGCCAGAUGAUAGAAUAUUGGAAAUAAAUGGACGAGAUACAACAACAUUAACAUCACAACAAAUUGUUGAUAUAAUUGACAAUAGUAAAAGAUAUCGUAGCUUAGAAUUACUUGUUAUAGAUACUUCUGGUUAUAACUGGUGUCAAAUGCAUGCAAUACCAUUAAAUUCAUCUUUACCAUUUGUGCAAAUACCUAGUAGACGAGGUAGGUUUAAUUUCUUUUAUUUAGUCUAUACACCAGUUUGA